UCGAGCAACGAAAACAGACCUAAAUCAAAACUCUUCUUAUAUUUUGCUGUGAUUUGUUUAUACAAGUGAUAACGCGAGUACCGUACAGAUAUUUUUAAAUUAUUUCUUUAAAUUAAUUAAAAGUAUUGUGAAGUAAUGAAAAAAGAAUAGUUAAAAAUGAGUGGAUUAGGCCCUCCUGGAGUGUGGGCUGCUCAAAAGAGGCUCGAGUCCUGGGCAAGAGCGGCUAGAGAGAGAACUUCGAGCGCAAGUAGUGGCCAGAGUCAUAACUCAACGGACAGCUUCGGCGAAGAUAAAUCUCAUGGCAGUCCAAGCGAGAUGUUGAUACCCAAGGAACAUUGUCGGGUGCAACCGCUGAGUGAAAGUCGAACGGCGUCUUCGUUGCCUCAUGCCAGGCUUGCCCGGACUCCUUCGAUAUCAUCUCAAAGCAGCCUCGACAGCGGGACUUCUAGAGCCACUAGUCACCGCGGCUCAUCUCCAGCAAUACGCACAUUUGCACCCGACGGACGGACACUAGAAGCAGGAGUUGCUGGCGUGCCGCGGUCUCCAUCGCCGCUACGAGCGGCCUCUCUGGAUGUCAGAGCGGCACCUCUCGCCCAUGGCUCGCUCGCUUCGUUAGCUGAUUCUCCCGCACCACCUAGCCCACGACAUAUACCACCGAGAUGCCUGUCUCCUCUUUUGGUGCCGCCAAGACGGAUAGACCGAAGCAACUCCUUAGUGGAAAGCAGCAGUGGGGUACCUCUGAGUCCUGGUUCUGGUGCCGCCAUCAGCGCCCUUGGAGCACUCCAGCCGGACCUCUACACCAAACGGGAAGCCCCUCUCGUUAUUGAGCUAGAGGGUGCAGGACCUUCGUUAGGAAGAAUCCACUUACGUUUGAAAUAUGAUUUCGAUCGAUCUGAUCUCGAAGUCCAUUUGAUUGAAGCACAUGACCUCGCCGGUUACGAAGCGGGUGGUUUCAACGAUCCUUACGUGAGAGUGAGUUUGUUGCCUGAAGUAGACACUCGUGUGCGUCAAACACCAGUUCAUAGAAACCAAGCGAAUCCAUUCUUCGACCAGCAUUUCAAGUUCCCCGUAUCCCAUGACGAACUCACCGAUAAGACACUCUUGCUGCAGGUGUUUGAUUAUGACAGGUUUUCGCGCAACGAAGUAAUGGGAUCAGCGAAGGUGCCACUCUCACGUGUAGAGGUGGCAGGGGGUGCGGAAAUAUGGGCAGAGCUAUCACGAGAGAGACGACCGCCAGAAGAACUUCAGGAACUGUUACUAUCUCUGUCAUACCUACCUUCAGCUGAGCGUCUCACAGUGGUCGUGCUGAAAGCUAGAAAUCUUCUUCCACCGCAGGAAGGAAAAGAUGCUUUAGAUGUGUACGUUAAAGUAUAUCUUCUCGUGAACGGAAAGCGGGUAAAGAAGAAGAAGACCAACAGAAAAGAGCUCAACAAUCCCGUUUGGAACGAGGCGCUUUCGUUCAGUCUGCCUUCAGCUAAUUUACACGAAGCUUCCAUUGAGGUGUGUGUGGUGACGGGCGGCGGCAGCGGGCUGGUGGUGGGGUGGUGCUGCGUGGGCGCGGCCGAGCCGGCGGCGGAGGGGCGCCACUGGGCGCAGAUGGCGCAGGAGACGCGCAAGGCCGUCGCCAUGUGGCACACCCUCAGAUAGACUGCGCCCGAUAUGAUCAUUUUACACUUAUACCUCAUUUCCCCUAUUAUGUGUGUGCUGGUGUCUAUAUAAAAUACUUCUCUGUCUAAGCCGAGGAAAAGGAAACACACUUUUUGAGUAAACGAUUUUGUUUUAAA